UCAGUAAUCGAAAAGGAAGAAAAAAUGGCGAAACUUCUGAUUUUAAUGAUAAUUUUGCUCGUUAAUUUUAUAUUAGUUGGUUCAGAAAAUACGAAUUCUACUAUUUAUGAACCUAAUGAUCCAGAAGUUUCAAAUCCAAGUAAAGAAGAAAUUGAAGAUAUUUUUGAUUUAAUGUUUGUUAUUAUUAUUUUUUUGAUAGCUGAAAAAAUUCCCAUAGGAAUUGCAGCUACAAUUUUAAAUUUUUUAUUGCAGCUUUUUGUGUCUUAUUAUGUUAUUUUAAUUCCUUCACUUAUUUUCAUAUUAAUGACAAUAAUUGAAGUAAUUUGUGCUGCAAUUUAUGACAUUGAUGAAAUAUCAGAACUUAAAGAUUUAGAAGAACGUGUCAAGGAAUUAGAACCUGAAUCUAAACUUAUGGAGUGUAAAACGUCAGAUUAUGGAAGUUACAUGAAAUAUGUUGUAGCGUUUCAUGAUAGAAUUAAAAAUAGAAGAAUCGUGG